AUAAAUUAGGAAUUUUUUCGGGUGAUAUUUUCGAGUCAUUUUGAUUCGAUAGAAAAGAAAAGAAAAGAAAAUUCUGUAAAUAAUGUAUUGUUAGAAUCGAAUUCUGUAAAAUUUUUCCAUAAAAUAAUGUUGAUAAUAAAAAGAUUGUCAACAAAAUGUAGAAAUGUAGACGUCAAUUGUUUUCUUUCCAUUUUGUUUGAUACGCGCGGAACGUUAUUAUCAUUAAAUUGUCAUCGAAAUCGAUAUUAUAAUGGCCGCCUGAAUGUUUGUCAGCGAUCAUUAUCAUCGGUGGCCAGUGAUAUAAAAUCAAAUGAUUGUAAAUAUAAAAUUGCCAUCAUUGGUAGUGGUCCUGCCGGUUUUUAUACCAGUCAACAAUUAUUAAAGUAUCCAAAUUUGAAUAUUGAUAUCUAUGAAAAAUUUCCCGUUCCAUUUGGUUUGGUACGUUUCGGUGUAGCACCUGAUCAUCAAGAAGUUAAAAAUGUUAUCAAUUCAUUCACCAAAGUGGCCAUGAAUGAUCGUACACGUUUCAUUGGAAAUAUUAAUAUCGGUACCGAUGUUACAUUUCAGGAAUUACGUGACGCUUAUCAUGCUGUUGUAUUAUGUUAUGGUUCAUCACAGGAUGCAAUGUUAAACAUACCGGGCGAAUCGCUUGGUAAUGUUAUAUCAGCACGACGAUUUGUUGGCUGGUAUAACGGUAUACCACAGGAUAAAGAUCUGGAACUAUCUUUAAAUAAUUCUUGUAACACUGCCAUCAUUAUUGGACAAGGUAAUGUAGCUCUGGAUUGUGCCCGUAUUCUAUUGACACCACCGGAUUUUCUUAGGAAAACGGAUAUAACAAGUCAUGCAUUUCAAAAAUUAUCAAAUUCAAAUAUACGUCGUGUAGUGAUAAUUGGCCGUCGUGGUCCAUUACAAGCUGCAUUUAAAAUCAAAGAAUUUCGUGAGCUUACCAAAAUGGCCGAUUGUCAUGUUCGAUUCGAUUGGCCGCAAUCGAUACGUGAACACUUAGAUUUUAAUGAUAAACUUAUCGAAUCAUUACCACGACCACGUAGAAGAUUGGCCGAAUUAUGUCGACGUAUAAUCGAUGAAUCAUAUGAAAGGAAAAAUUGUUCAAAAGAAUGUGUGUUCAAGUUUUUCCUAACACCCGUUGAAAUCUGUUCAGAAUCGGAUAAACCAAUGGCCUUGGCAAGUGUACGAUUAAAACAAAAUCGAUUGGAUGAUUAUGUACGUGAAGAUUCAAAAAUCAUGGCCACUUGUGAUAAUGAACUAAUCGAUGAGCCAUGUGGAAUAUUAAUCCGUAGUAUCGGAUAUAAAUCAGUGCCAUUAGAUCCGUCCUUACCGUUUGAUCAUCGUCGAGGUAUCAUCCUCAACGAACAAGGACGUGUUAUCAAUAAUCCAGAUCUAUAUUGUUCUGGUUGGGCUGCAUUCGGUGCAACCGGUGUCAUAUUGAAUACAAUGACAGCCAGUUUUGAAGUUGGCAAAAAUAUUUUACAAGAUAUUCAAGAUGGACGUCUCGAUACUGACACGAUGAAACGUGGUUACGAUCAAAUCUGGCCGUUAUUGCAGAAACGUCAAGCCAUUGUCAUUGAUUUUGUUGAUUGGAAACGUAUCGAUCAAUUUGAACGUGAACAAGGCCGUAAAGAAGGUAAACCUCGAGAGAAAAUUGUAUCCGUUGAUCAAAUACUGGACGUGAAAAAUAAAUUCGAUUAGACAUUUUAAUGGGGAAAAAGAUAGCUUUUAUUUAUGAAUAAUAAAAAAAAAUCAGCUGUUUAA